CCCGGUUGUCCUUGGACCUCGAGGCUUGGUCAUCUAGACCCUGGUAACUUGGCAGGUUGCGUCCAUGCUGUGAUCUAGAUCCCAACCUUGACGAUGCAACAGUUGUAAGGGCCAUGUGAGCUUAGAGCUGCGGUAGUUGCCCUAAUCUAUCUCCUUGCGUGUUGCGCAAGUCAAGGGUGGUCCAAAUAUAGAGCAAACUACGAGAAGAUAUAAAAUGGACUUGCGGGCUUCAUUGAUCGUAAUGGCGCAGAAGGAGUCACUUGGGCAAGUAGUUUGCUCUACAGCUACAAUAUGUCUCUUGUCAUUGCCCGCUCGUUUACGGUCAAGAAGCAUCCAGACGAGGAGGCAAGUGGUUACGCAACGCCAGACAUCGAGAAGAAGACGGUGAUAAGUGUGACGCAGCAGUCUACUGCCAUCUCCGCCGAUGAAGUACUCAGUGACCUCCACAAGAAGAAACAAUCUUGGUUUCAGCGAUCUCAGCCCCGUGAUCCCGAUGCCAUUGCAACGCAACCCUCGGUGUACGAUGACCCUGAUCUUGUUGAGGAAUACAAACCACGCCCCGAUUGGGAAGGCAUUCAUCGCUUCGACCCGGCAGCAAGAUGGACUUGGGCUGAAGAAGAUAAAAUCGUCAGGAAGCUGGACCUACGUAUCAUUAUAUGGGCUUGCAUAAUGAUAACUGCCCUGGAGCUCGAUAAGUCCAAUAUUCAGCAAGCCAAUGCCGACAAUUUCCUGGCCGAUAUUCGGCUAAGUCGUGAUGAUUACAAUUUAGGGAAUACAUUGUACAGACUGUGUUUCAUGUUCAGUGAAAUACCCACCCAGAUCAUCAGCAAGAGAAUUGGCUGCGACAGGUGGAUUCCUAUACAGAUGAUUUCGUGGUCGAUUGUUGCUAGCUGCCAGUUCUGGCUUUCCAACAGAGUCUCCUUUUUAAUUUGUCGAGCUUUGAUAGGGUUGGUUUCAGGGGGCUUCACGCCCACUGUCAUCCUCUAUCUCUCGUAUUUCUAUAAGCACCAUGAGCUAUCGAUACGUCUUGGAUACUGGUAUGCAGCAUCUUCUCUGGCUGACAUGCUGGCGGGGUUACUGGCGUAUGGGAUCCUUCAUCUGGGCGGUCAUGGUGGGCAAGCUGGUUGGCGAUGGCUUUUUUUGAUUGAGGGACUCCUCACCCUCGCAUUAGGCCUUCUUGCUAUCAUUCUCCUGCCACCUUCAGCGACACAAACAGCUCACUGGGCUCGUGGGAAGAAGGGCUGGUUUACAGCAAGGGAGGAGACCAUCAUGGUCAAUCGCCUGUUACGAGAAGACCCGAGUAAGGGCUCGAUGCAUAACCGCCAGCCACUAACGGCCAAGCUUGUAUGGAUGAGUAUCAAAGACUUUGAUUUGUGGCCGCUAUACAUUGUCGGAAUUCUGUUCUCGGCACCCUAUACUACUGUCUCGCAGUACUUUACAUUACAAUUGAAGGACUAUGGGUUCAGCACCUUUAAUACCAUUCUACUAUCUCUCCCCUACAGUGCCAUUGGAAUCAUAACAAGGAUUCUCCUCACAUAUGCAGGGGAAAUAUUCGGCUCACUUGCCUGGAUGGGAGUUUUGGCACAGCUUUGGUGCUUGCCAUUCCUUAUCUACAUGAAUGUGGUAGAUCUCAGCCAAACCAACAAGUGGAUCGUAUGGAGUAUCCUAACACUAUUCCUCGGAUUUCCUAAUGCUCAUGCACUCCAAGCUGGAUGGGUGUCCCGCAAUUCCAACAGUGUGCGAACUCGGGCUAUUGCAGCUGCGAUAUACAACAUGUCUACACAACUAUCUGCCAUCAUAGCUUCGAACAUCUACCAGGAUUGGGAUGCACCACGUUACGUGAUUGGCAAUCGAGUGCUCUUAUCUAUUGUGGGUGUAAACAUGGCUAUCUACAUGGCGAUCAAAGCGUACUAUAUGCUACGGAACCGCCAACGGGACCGAAAAUGGAACGCCAUGACUGAGGAUCAACGGGUCGACUAUGUCGCAACCACAAGAGAUGAAGGAAAUCAGCGGCUAGAUUUCCGGUUUGCACACUGAGCGGGGAGUAUUAGAGAAUCCUUCUGAAUUCUGGCGUUUCGUUUGAAGUCUGAGGGCGUA